AUGACAGUUGAAUAUCUACCAUUAAUUCGUGAUUCUGAUCUAGCCGAAAAGGUUCGUCAUUCAUUUGAUAUCCUCGAACAAUGUUUAACUAGAUAUUCACCAAAUCAAAUAGCAGUUGCAUUCAAUGGCGGUAAAGAUUGCACUGUUGUUUUACAUCAAUAUUCGUUAGUAUUAAAUAAAACAUUUGCUCAAACAACAAGUAAAAAACCAUUAUUCCGUGCAUUAUUCAUUCAUAAUAAGCCUCAAUUUGAAAGUGUUCUACAAUUUAUCGAUGAAAGUACCAAACAUUAUGAGCUAGAUCUCAUUCGAAUCGAUGAUCGAAUCAAAGACGCAUUAUUUCAAUUGAAAUCUUCUCAUCCAGAUAUUCAAUGCAUUAUAAUGGGUACACGUCUAACAGAUCCAUAUUCAUCCGAUUUGAGACAUUUUUCAUCGACAGAUCCAACAUGGCCUGAAUAUAUGAGAUGUAAUCCAAUAUUAAAUUAUUCCUAUAAAAAUAUAUGGACAUUCUUGAGAGAAUUUAAAGUUUCUUAUUGUUCAAUGUAUGAUCAAGGUUUUACAUCUUUAGGUGAUCAAGAAAGAACAAUUCCAAACAUUAGAUUGCAAUAUAAAAAUCAUGAUACAGGUUUAAUGGAAUACAAACCAGCUUAUAUGUUAGACGAUGAGGUCAGUGAACGAGAUGGGCGCGAAUAA